AUGUCCUUCUCGAGUCCCAUUGCUCGCUCCCUACAUGAGUCACAGGGCCGGGCAGCAUCGCCUGCAAUAGGUAGAGCAGCCCCGACGACACCGCAACAAGCAGGCAGCGCGUCAACACCCACGCGACUCUCCUCAUUCCCGUCUCCCUUGCCAGCUACACCGACGUCAGCUGCUCAAACACCGACUGGUCGAUGGUCGCACCCCGUCGUCAGCUUGAUUCCGGAGUUGCAGCGAAAGAAUGCGCCCAACGAUAGCACCAUCAGGAAGAUCCUGCUCAACGCGUUUGCUCUCUUUGCCAUCUACAAGGCAUCUGUCUAUAUAGACAUGGUUGCGAGACUCCUCUCAAUGGAUCUGCGCCUUAUGAUGUACAUACGAUAUGGUCUGUAUGCACUACUGACCUACAAUGUCGCUGAGAAUGUGCGGCGAUUCGGAUGGACCUUGAGUGAUGCCGCCGCACAGUCUUACAGCUUGACGGAGGCUCAACGCAAGCAGCUCAAUCUCCCUACAUCACCAGCAUCAACGGCCAGUAUAGCUGCCAACAAGAUCCUCAGCGCUGGCACGCCGACUCCCCAUCGACAAAACCUGACACCACCCAAAUACCAGAAACAAUCGACGCCGAGUCCGAGUGCGUCACGGAUUGUGCUGGAUGCAACAGAGAGUGGCACACAGUCGAGUCAAUCGAGACGACGGUCGUCACUGAGCAGUGAUGGCAGUACGGAUCGACGGCCUGCCUCGCCUGGCGGCGUGUUUCGACAAUCGCCCUUGGGUCGACAAGCUGAGGGACGCUCCAUCUCUUUACAACCGAACACGGCAAGCGGAUCUCCACUAGCGAUUGGUCGCUGGUGACUUUCUGGCUCUUCAUGUCAUGAAGGACGUUGUUUCACUUGUCUAGUCGUAUACUGCGAAAAGAAGUUAGCACAAGCAACGAUGAAAGAAAUAGCCUCUUACCGUGUACAAGACCAUAGAAGAGAGUCCAUGUGAG